AGCUGUGACGAGGGUGGACUGUGGGAUGGGAGAGUGAGACCACAGCCUUCUAACGCAGGCAAAUGUGAUACCCAUGCACAUGCAGCUGUGGCUGUAGCUGUAGCUGUGGCUGUAGCUGUAGCAGCAGAUAAAGAUGUAGAUGUAGAUGUAGAUGUAGAUGUAGGUGUAGGUGUGGAUGCAGAUGUAGUAGAUGUGGGUUUUGAUGUAGAUGUAGAUGUAGAUGCAGAUGUGGGUGUGGAUGUAGAUGUAGAUUUAGAUGUGUAUGUAACUGCAGAUGUAGAUGUCGGUGUAGAUUUAAAUGCUAUUCUUGACCAGGAUAGACGUAGUAUCCCGAGUCUGCAUAUACAUACCCAGACGUGA